AACGUCCGUCGCCGCCGAUCGUGUUCUCGCGCGCGUUGUGCAACGCGGGGAGCCGAGCAGACUUCGUGUAACCGAUCCGGCGGCGCGAGACACGUAAACGUUAUAGGCUGUCGUUUCGGCCGGCCGAGUAGUCAGUGGCAACGUGACUGCAGUCCGCGCUCGCCGUCCGUCGCCGUCAUUCCGUUCACUCGUCGUCAGCGCGCGCGCGUUUCGCUCUCGUACCGUGCUCGCACGCGUUUUGUCGCCAGCGUGCGUGUUCUUUUGCGGUCCGCGUACCGCGGUGCACGUCUCCCGGCGCCCAAACCUAAUCUCUUCGCCGAGCACCUUCCGAGUGCAUAGCAGUGAUCUCCCGCGUUACAGACACGCCGCGGUGUUCUUCACGUACCGCCGCCGUAUACCGCGCGCCCCGACCACGUAGGACGUGCGCUUGAAUACUCUGUCCGUCGCCCGCGCGCGUGUUGUCAGUGCAAUCGUGGCCGACUUCGGAUCGAACGAGUGCGCGUGCCAUUAGUUCCGAACAAUGGAGACCGAAGAGAUCACCAAGCUCGUAGACGGCAUCUACAAGAAUAUUUUGGAGAAAUUCAAUCCAGGAGCUCGUCAAAUGAUCAAUGCGGGCAAAGCAUAUUUGAAAGCUCUUCAUGUUGCCGCUUCAGCUUCUAAACAGUAUACAGACGCUAUAAUGAGAUUGGCCAAGCAAUCGCAGCAAGGCACUUGGGGAGGAUCAGCCGAUAUUGGUUCAGCCCUUAUGCAAAUUGUUGAGGUUUACACUGAAAUUCAAUCACAGCAGCUGAUCAUUCUGAAAGCUUUUUACGUGGAUUUGAUUGUACCAUUGGAGACAAAUCUCGAAAAAGACACUAAAGUGGUCCAGUCCGAACAAAAACGAUUUUUGCAACAGCAUAAACAAAGAUCCGAAAGUUACAGUAAGGCCGCGUCAGCUAUGAAAAAGUGCCGCAAAAAGCAUAAGGUCGGACCCAAAGCCGGUUUGGCCAUGGAUAAAGAAAUAAAGACUAUGCAAAUUCUCGAAGAAGAAAAAUCUAAACUGGAUAACUUUUGCGAACAAAGUUUAAAAAUUGCCAUGACACAGGAAAGACGUAGAUAUGGUUUUGCGUUAGAAAGACAGUGUUCGUUGGUUAAACACUGUCUAGCCUAUCAUACAAAUACUCAGGCAAUGUAUGAUGAGCACCUUAAUGACUGGCUCGAUGUAGCCAAAUCUCGGGAAUGUCUACCAGAAUCUGUAGAAACCAUGUUUGCAACAAAACUUCGACAUGUAAGCUUCUGGAUGGACGACGAUGUGAGCUCUCCAAGAAUCGACGAUGACAGGAUUUCGCUAUCUUCGCAAUUAAGAAAAACUAAAUCGAUGGAUGCAUCUUGUUUAGAUGUUCGAGCCAUGAAUGAUAUAUCCAGCCCGGUUUUAAACUAUCCACUUUCUAGAGCAAAAUCUGAUUUCAAUUUGAACGCAUCAUCGCAGUCUUUAAACAGAAUGGAAAAUGGUUCAAGUCCAGGAAACAAUGGAUCCAGACCCAAGUCAAUGGCAGUGGUGGAUAACGGAUGGGAAUCUCAAGGCGCAAACCUUGUACAAGCUACACACGCUUAUCUGUCUAGCGGUGAAAAUCAACUGAGUUUCCACGAAAAAGAUACAAUUGCGAUAUUGGGCAAAGGAAACAAAGGGUGGCAAUUUGGAGAAAACUUGCGUACCCAGUGCAGUGGCUGGUUCCCGUUAACGUACACUGAACCUGUAUUAGAAGACUCUGUGUUCUCGGACUCACCAUCGUCAUAUCGACGAAAGGACUCCGUGGGUCAAUCGAUCAGUUCGAAUCAUAACAGAAGCGAAUCAGCCACAAUCGGCAAACAAAACCGUUAUCAGACGACAACAUUAACCAGAUUCGGCGAUUCUCUAUCUCACAGGAAUCCGUAUUCGACUCGCCCCAGGGCGAACAGCAGGUCGAACGGCUUCGGGGCUAACCAUCACGGUCCUCCGGCUCCGUCCGUUCCCGCUCCGGUAGUGCCGCGCCAUUACGGUGGACACAUACCGCCACCUGCCGCGUUCUUCCCGCCACCGCCGCAGACUUUGCCACCCGCGGCGCCCGGCAAACCCGGAGCGAUCGACAAGAGGACCGGCGGAGUGCAUCAUCAGCACGGUAACGCGAGCCUCCACAGCAGCAACGAUAGCGGCUUCAGCAACGAUCCGCCGCCCGCGCCCGAGAUCGAUUAUUCCGACGACGAAAACACCAGAACGAUCAGAGAUCCGAAGAAGGACGCAGCGAGUCGUUCCAAACAAAACAUGAUUUAUCGGUCUCCCGAAGAGGACCGUCACCAUAACUUGAACGGUAAUCACCAACAGAUGAAAAUCACGGCGGCCGGCAAACAGUCGACGGGCACGUUGAAGUCGUCGUACAACGGUGGUAGUACGAACACGGGCCGACGGAACACCGGUCCUUCGUCGAUGCGACAGAGCACCAGUGUCGGGCAUCUGUCGUCGUUCGGUGAUGGGUACUCGCCGCCGGGCAGACAGGCGACCGCCGCGGCGUUCGAUGACGACGACAGUGGCAUGGGCGGCGCGCAGGGCAAGAAGAUAAAGAGGACGAAGUCGAUGUGGAAGUUUAAGAAGGGCGGCGGCAGCGACGAGGUGUUGGCUGGCAUGUCCAUGUGGAAGCACAGAUCUCUGGUGGACGUGAAUGCGGCGGAGGACGAGCAACACCAACAGCAGCAGAACAAUAGCUACAACAACAAGUCGUCCGCGGGCACGCCGAUGACCAACAAAAAGUUUACGAUCACGAGCCGGGACAUCGACAUAGCGGGCGGCAGUGGGGGUGGCGGCGGUUACUCGGUGGACGACGACGACAGCCAGACGAUAAUGGACGGAGGCGUGGGUGGUGGCGGAUUGUCGACGGUCCGGAGAAUGACGUACGACAACCGGAAACACCAGAAGCAGCAGAAGCAGUACCGCAGCAACGAGCGCAUCAAUAGCAGACGGUCGUCGUCGUCCAGCUUCGGUGGCGACGAUUCCGAGUCGUGCAUAGUGGUGGACGACCAUUUGAAGGACGCGGUGCACGCGGCCCCGCCACCGCCGGCCAGCCUCUUACCCCGGACCCGGUUGAUCAAGCAGAACGCGGCCGCCAACCCGACAACGGGCGCGGCCGGUGGGAGCGGUGGCCAGGGCGGCAGUGCGGUCGCGCAUCACCAGCAGACCGCCGCGUCCGGGGUCGGGCCGCCCACCAUGAUGAUGUUGAUGUCGCCGCCGCCGCCGCCGCCGCCCGCGGUCCGCACCGCUACGGCCGACGACAAUUACCUGCUGCAGCAGCAUCACCACCAACACCAUCAACACCACCAAGACUCGGACGCGGACGUGCGGUUCGAGAGCGCCAAGUUGCAGACGUUCAAGUACAUCAACGCGACCAGCAACGACGGCUGGUACGACUCGUGGGGAGAGAAGCGAAAGAAGUAAACGACGUGCGUAGCAAACGCACCCGCAGAGGACGAAUGUGUUCGCGACAAUCAAACUGCGCAAAACCAAUACCAACGAUCGGUCAGCGCCGAAGAUAAUGUAAUACAGUCGUCCGAAG